CCCCUGGAGUGCUUUGAUGCGAUCGGUUGUCAGGUUCAGGUCUGUUGUUUCUCUUACCAGAAUCCCAGCCACUGGAAGACAGCCCCAAAGCCCUGCCUGUGUUAGGGGAGCAAUCGAACUCAGAUAAUGACAUAAACGAGCCGGUGUUCAUCUGGGGAAUCUCAGACAAAGCAGCCCAGAGGAAAAGCAUCUCUGCUGGGGAAGGUUCCUUUCGUUUACAACAGGAGAAGCAGCAGCCGCUGGUGCACAGACCAGGGAGAGGUAAAGGGAGGCUGAGACUGCCGCAUAGGCUGCCCUUCAAAGACAGACAUUUUACUUGCAGCAAAAUAAUAGGAAGGAGGUUCGCUUGCUUUGCGCAGAGGCUGAGCUACAGGAGAAAGCAGAGCCAAUGUGAUUUAUUGAAUGAAAGCACUGGACACUUACCAGCAACUUGUUCCUCUGCUGCCUCGAAGAGCUUAAGCUGGAACUACUGCUCGAAAAUGACCCAGCAAAUGCAGAACUUACAUCUUUCCCAGUCAAAAAAACACAGUGCUCCAUCGUCUCCCAAUGCUGCCAAGCGACUGUACAGGAACCUCUCGGAGAAGCUGAAGGGCAGUCACUCGUCCUUUGAUGAGGCCUAUUUUAGAACAAGAACGGAUCGGCUGAGUCUCAGAAAGACUUCUGUGAACUUCCAGGGCAACGAAGCCAUGUUUGAGGCAGUUGAGCAACAGGACCUAGAUGCUGUGCAACUCCUCCUCUACCAAUAUACACCGGAAGAACUAGAUCUGAACACACCGAACAGCGAAGGGCUGACACCCCUGGACAUCGCCAUCAUGACCAACAACGUGCCCAUUGCGAGGAUUCUUCUGCGGACAGGAGCCAGAGAAAGUCCGCACUUUGUCAGCCUGGAGAGCCGAGCAAUGCAUCUCAACACUCUAGUUCAGGAGGCCCAGGACAGGGUGAGUGAGCUGUCUGCACAGGUGGAGAAUGAAGGCUUCACCCUGGACAACACAGAGAAAGAGAAGCAGCUGAAGGCCUGGGAGUGGAGGUACCGGCUCUACCGGCGCAUGAAAACUGGCUUCGAACAUGCCCGAGCCCCAGAGGUGCCAGCCAAUGCCUGUCUCAUGGUAAGCAGCAGCACGUCCCUAACGGUCAGCUUUCAAGAGCCCCUCAGUGUCAACGCAGCCGUAGUGACCAGGUACAAAGUGGAAUGGAGCAUGUCUAAAGACUUUUCCCCGUUGGCUGGGGAGAUCAUCAUGGAUAACCUGCAGACCCUGAGGUGUACAAUCACAGGACUCACCACGGGCCAACAGUAUUUUGUUCAAGUCUCAGCUUACAACAUGAAAGGAUGGGGACCAGCUCAGACCACAACGCCAGUGUGUGCCUCCCCCUCCAACUGGAAAGACUAUGACGACAGAGAGCCCAGACACAAGGGACAGAGUGAGGUUCUGGAGAGCCUACUGCAGCAAGUCCGAGCCCUUCAUCAGCAUUACAGCUGCCGGGAAAGCUCAAAACUGCAAACCACAGGCCGCAAGCAGUCGGUGUCCAGGAGCCUGAAGCACCUAUUUCAUUCCUCAAACAAGUUCGUGAAGACCUUGAAACGAGGACUUUACAUAGCCACUAUAUUUUAUUAUAAAGACAAUAUGUUAGUCACCAAUGAAGACCAAAUACCAAUUGUUGAAAUAGAUGACUCUCACACCAGUUCUAUUACACAAGACUUUCUGUGGUUCAUGAAGCUGUCUUGUAUGUGGGAAGACAUCAGGUGGCUGAGGCAAAGCGUGCCCAUAUCCAUGUCCUCGUCCACUGUGCUGCAAACUCGGCAAAAGAUGCUUGCUGCCACAGCUCAGCUACAGAAUUUACUUGGAACACACAACUUGGGAAGACUUUACUAUGAGCCCAUUAAAGAUCGCCAUGGCAACAUUCUCAUAGUUACCAUCAGAGAAGUGGAGAUGCUUUAUUCCUUUUUUAAUGGCAAAUGGAUGCAAAUCUCAAAACUGCAAAGCCAGAGGAAGUCUCUGUCAACACCCGAAGAGCCAACAGCCUUAGAUAUUUUACUAAUAACCAUCCAGGAUAUUCUGUCCUACCACAAGAGGAGCCAUCAGCGGCUCUCACCUGGACUGUAUCUAGGUUACCUAAAGCUGUGUAGCUCUGUGGAUCAGAUCAAAGUGCUCGUAACCCAAAAGCUACCCAACAUUCUCUGCCACGUGAAGAUCCGUGAAAACCACAACAUUUCCAAAGAGGAGUGGGAGUGGAUCCAAAAGCUUUCUGGCUCUGAGUCUAUGGAAAGUGUGGAUCAUAAUGCUGACUGCCCCAUGCAAUUGUUCUUCUACGAGCUCCAGAUGGCAGUGGCGGCUCUCCUGAAGCAGAUCAAUAUACCUCGACACCAGGCAAGGAACUUCCGCCUCUACACACAGGAGGUGUUGGAAAUUGGUCACAAUGUGUCCUUUCUUCUCUUGCUCCCUGCCUCAGACGACGUCUGUACAGCCCCAGGACAGAAUAAUCCUUACACCCCGCACUCAGGGUUUCUUAACCUCCCUCUUCAGAUGUUUGAACUCGUUCAUUUUUGCAGCUACAGAGAGAAAUUUAUUAGUCUGUAUUGCCGCCUUUCUGCUGUUGUGGAGCUGGACUCUCUGAAUACCCAACAGUCCCUGAGGGAGGCAAUCUCAGACAGCGAGGUCGCAGCUGCCAAACAACGGCACCAGCAAGUGCUGGACUUUAUUCAGCAAAUUGAUGAAGUCUGGCGUGAGAUGAGAUGGAUCAUGGAUGCUCUACAGUAUGCCCGGUACAAGCAACCAGUCUCUGGCUUGCCCAUCACUAAGCUGAUAGACUCCUCCAGUGAGCAGAAUCUAAAGAAGAUCAGUUCUACGUCAUCACACAUAGACUGUCUUCCGUCAACAUCCCCAUCGCCAGAGAUGCACAGAAGAAAGGCAGUGAGUGAGUCACAGCCCUGCUCGGAUGAAGAAGGCUGCUCGGAAGUCUUCCUCCCCACAGACAGUGACUAUGACUCCAGCGAUGCCCUGAGCCCACGAGACCUGGACCUGGUUUACCUGUCAUCACAUGACAUAGCCCAGCAGGCCCUCAGCGGCCUCAGUGGCAGCGCCCCAGAUGUCCUACAGGUGCAUGACAUGAAGGCCUCCAUGGGACCUGGCCAGGACCCUCAGGGCCCAGGGCAGGGUCCUGACACCGACCACUCAUGUGUCGAGUUUCUCCACAGCCUGACCCUCACGGGCUUGGCACCCAAGAACCAUGCCAAGAUGGUGGCAGGCACACGGCCGCCACUGGGCUUCUUGGGAAAGCGGAAGCCAGGCAAGCACCAGCACUAUGGUGGCUUCAGCCGCCACCACCGCUGGCUGCGCAUGCACAGCGAGACGCAGUCCCUGUCACUCUCCGAAGGUGUUUACACCCAGCACCUGUCUCAGGCCUGCGGCCUGGCUGAAGAUCCUGGGGAGGCAGAGGGGCCUGGACCUGUGGUGGAUGGGCCCCGAGGCCUGCCUCUGGCCCAUGCAGCCAGCCUCCCAGAGGAGAGGAGGAGCUGCCUCCAAGACCCAAGGCGGCCCCUGCAGAGAGUCUAUGUGGAACCCUAUUCCGACACACUCGCAGGCCAGGAUCCAAAGCUGUGGACCAGUUUGAGCCCUACCCCUGCAGGCCGCAGCAGCCUCCCAAGCUCCACUAGUUCAGAGAUGAGUCCAGACCCCACAUCUCCAGUUUCAGAAAUAUUAAGUAGUAUGCUUUAGGGUGGCCCACACCGGCUCUCUAUUUGUCCCCUGCUAUUCCUUGCAUUUCUUCAGCACAGCCCCAUCCUGCCCCCUCAGUGUCCUCACCUAUUUCAAAGUAUUGAAAGUUACAAAGCUAAAGGUUACACGGACAAGGCUUUUUUUUUUUCCAAAGUGGGCGACAGGAGGAGGGGAGGGGUUCCCACCAGGGUCCCACCCACCUCACCCUAGAAAAUGUAUGGAGUCUGAGACCCGUGAUUCAAAAUACAUAACUCCUUCGAGGCACCUGGGGCUGAGAUAGGCCAGCCCAACAUGGACUCUUAAUUCUGCAAUGUUCUGGUAAUAUCAAUCGUGGGCUGAGAGUUCUUUAGUGAGUUUGUGGUUGAUGAAGGAGUUCAGUGGGUGAAAAUAAGAAUAAUAGUUACUCCGUCAAAUCCAAACUUUCAGAAGCUGCAGCCCAGGUUGCCUCUCAAGAGCAAAGAUUCAAGUAGACUCGUGCUGGGUUUUCCGUCAACGAAACCAGGAUAUUCUAAACUGCGAGGUCCUCGGGACUCCCCAGGUCCAAGUCUAUCCUGGUUUAGUGGGUUUUGGAAAGGUUUUUUUUUUCUUCUUCUUCUUCACUGAGUGUUGUGUGGAGAAUACCAGAAACAAAAGUAGAGGACACUUCUUUUCUAGUCCCGUUUUUCCGAGAUAGAAUAGGGCAAGAAGCAGCUUUCCAGGCACUCUCCGAUCCCACUCAAUCCUGACAAUGAGCAGUAAAGUAUUCCAGCGAGCAAGGGGAUGGCUGGGUUACAUGAGAGCCUGAAUUAUAGCAACGAAAAGGGAGAAGAGAAGAGGACAAAAGUCCCUUUUCUUUACAGCAAACUAAAUGUGUCCAUGAUGGCCGCACCAUUUAGAAGGGCAGUGGAUUCAUGAUACUAAACUGAUCCGUUAUUGAAGAAGAAAGUGUCUAGCAGAUGCAGUGAUGUAGGGACGGGUUCCUCUAAGCAUCAGAGGCACAUCAUUCACCCAUCACUCCUCAUCCUCAAGACCGCUCAGGGCUGGGGUGGCUUCCCUCUGCUUUCACGCUGCUCCUCGCAGAAUGAGUUCUUGCCCUACGGUCCUCUGGCCCAUUGGCCACAUGGGAAGUUUCCAGCCCAUAGUUUACACCAAGCAUGUGAUCAGUAACACCUGGAAAUCCCGCUGUCCCCACACUGCCUCUUCCCUGAAUUUCUCAAAAGUGAGAAACUCAACCAGAAAUCACACUGCAUAUUCAAGAAAGGCACAGUUCUCCGAAAGCCAAGACCCAUUCAGUCCACGGCCAUUCUCAAUGUUCUUUUUCUGCAUAGCAGGCCUUUCAAUUCGCUCAGCAAAUUCUGACUUACUAAACCCAACCACAUUAAAUAAAAACCUACUCAUUCAUAUUGGGAUUACUAGGUUAAUUUUUCAUUUUCCAUGAGAAACAGAAGCACAUCCAUGGAAUGAAUAAUGUGCAAGACUUAAUUGAACGAGCUUAACUCAAUUGAAAAUGUUAUUUGCUAACAAUAUUCCCAUGUAC